CACGACGACCGGCAGCUCGACUUGUUGACGAUUCUGCUGUCCGCCCUUCUUCCCCCGCGACAACUGGUGUCGAGCGUAGCGGCAGCCGUGGCAGAACCGCUUGGCUCUGGCCCAAUUCAGGACACAUCCAGAUCACCGCCAAUUCCACGCCUCAACAACGCUUUAAGGGGCACGUCGACCAUCGGCCGUUGUCCGCUGUCUCGCAUCUCCGCACUGCGAGCACGGUCGCUCAGUAAUCGAAACAAGGACCAAGUGACCGCUUCAACCUGACUGGUGGUUUCGCACACCAGCAUCUAAGAAGAGCGACAUGUUCGGCAAUCUCUCGUUUAUGCUCCAUCAGACGGGGCUGCCAAGGGGGGAACCACCCAAGGAUGUCCCGCCGCCAACGCCCAUCAACUUCCCCCGAUGCUACCCACAGGUUCCAGACAAGGAUGCUUCUGAUGCCCAAGAUCAGGCCUCGAUGAAGCCGGACAAGCCGCUCACUUCGCUGCUGCAGAGCAUUGUCCGCCCGACCGAGGUCUCGAUCUCGCACUUCGAAGCUCUCGGCCUGCACGUGGUUCCGGAUGCCACUCUGGCCCAGCUCCUCCCGGACCCGGCCUUCAUUCCCGACUUUGAGGCUUGGCACGCUCUGUCUCCCGAGGAGGUCCAUGCCAUCAAUGAGAGCACUCGGAAACGGCUGAACUCGGGCAAUCUGUCACCUGGUUGCCAAACCUACCUGGAUAGAAGACGGGAGCUUCUCAUUCCCAACGAGAUGGCUUACCGGACAAUCCGCAGAAUGCCUCCUCCCAAGGGCCAGCAGCAAGCCCGACUUGGGAACGCUUACGAGUUCUACCGUUUUCUGGAUUUGUUCUCAGCCUUCUGGGAUGACACCUCAAGGCCCCAGGGGGCAAGAACCACAGCCGACCAGGCGGGAGAGAGCAACGGUGAAGGCCAAACGCCGACUGCCGAGCGUGGCAAGGCUACCGAGGAUGACACCAACGCUGCCGCGUUCUUCCGUACCGGUGCUGGCCACCAGAUGCCGGUGGACUACCGCCAGAGCAUCGUCACGGCCUUCUUGAAACUGGUGGCGUACGACUUCACGUGCAACGUGUCGGCACCGCGCGUCGAGCCGCGUCUCUAUAUCACUUCCAAGCCACCCACGGGCUCGCCACGCAGCUCCUACUUUUCUUCGGGCUGCACCUUCGUCUUCCGGAGCCCAAACACUCGCGAAGCCGCCCGGGCCGGCAUCGUCGAAGGGCCGAUCGCGGCCGUGAGCGCCAGGCACACGACCUCUUUCCCACCACCGGAUCCCACAGCGCCGGCGUCGAAGGCGGACCGCGACUCGAUCUUGGACCUCGGCCGGGAAGUAGUGGCGGGCUUGAUCACCGCUCAGCACCGCGCCCGCGAAGGCCGCACCGAGAAGCGCAUCGGAGAGAACGCGUGGUGGUGCACCAAGCCGCGCUGGGGCGGCGGCCCCGGCGGACCUAUCGGACGCGAGAUUGAGAUGCUCUCUGGCGCGGACGAGACAAUCGGCGACAAGGACGCUCCGCCGCCGGAGGGCGGUCUGUCACCCUCCUCGUCGAAGGAAAGUGCGGCCAUGUCCCUCCCGCAAAGACCCUUCUCGCGCCCCCCUGGAGGCGGCCUCCCCUUUCCCACAGGCAACAGCAGCAUUCCCGCCAGCGGCGGAUCCGGCAAAGGCGCUAAGCGCCUCAAGAAAUCCGGCAACCUCCCCAUGUAUGACAAUUACCGCAUGGUGCGCCCGCCAGCGUCCACCUGGGAUAAGCGGACGCGGUACGAAGCUAUCGGCCGGGCGAAGGGCGUCGACUACGACGACAUCUUUGUGGUAAGCACGCUCCUGCACCACAUCAGCAUCCUGCGGCUGCGCGUGCCGGACCGGCUGCUUGCUGUCCUGGAGGGGGAGGUCGACGAUGAUUCCAAGGGUGGGAAGAGGAGUUGGGGCAAGCUCGAGGUGUGGAGGAGCCCGUGGUUCGAUUUCUUCAAGGCCGAGGAGCGGGUGCAGGCCAUGCAGAUCGUCUGGAGCAUGCUGGCCUGGAUGAUGCGGGAGCAGCCCCCUAAGGACAAAGAGGGUGGUGCCGCGGAGGACACGGCGCAGCAGGGUCGGUCGGAUGUAAAGAUGACGGGGGCAUAGCUAGCCCCUCGCUGUCGACGGAGAGAAUGGCUGGGACGAAUCGCUUGCUGGUAACUACCGAAGGGAGAGUUCUCUACGUAGAGGGCGGGCGGCCUAGCUCGCACAGAACCCUAGGAAAGGGUUUGGUCAUACCAUUGCACUAAAUUCCUGUGUGUGAUGGAGGGGAUUAUGAGCAAAUAACCAUGGUGAACGAAGUCUGAAAGGCACGGUUUUG